AAAUGUCAGCCAGAAAGGGCUAUCUUCAUCCACCGUCAAAUUAUACCACAGCGAUGUCAUGCCCCAACAACCAAGCUGGAAAUUCCUUUUUUGUGGACUCCUUAAUCAACGUGAGAACCGACAGCGGUUCGUAUUACCAAAGUAACAGCGUGUAUUUGCCACCGGCGUCGGAAUAUUCAUAUGGACUCUCCGGUGGCUCUUGUUUCACGGGGAUCGGUAAGCGCAACGAGCCAACGACCCAAAGCGUGAUCCCCUCUGCUGCUUCGUAUGUUCAAGGAAUGGAAACGUGGCUGGAAACGUCGAGAUCCUGUCGGGUGGAUCAGCCCAGCGCCCAGCAUAUGGCUCAGUGUUCAUUCUCGCCGAGUAUAAAAGAGGAGAGCGCUUACUGCCUUUAUGAGUCUGAUAAAUGUCCUAAAGGAGCGACAGUAGAUGACAUAUCCUACUCGAGCGCAUCCUGCCCGGGUAGCGGCAACACGGUGCCAGUCCCCGGCUACUUCCGCCUGUCUCAGACAUACACGUCCUCCAGGCUCUAUCACGAUGUCCAGCCAAACAUGAAUCACUUCACUCUGCAACGACCUGCCCGUUUGGACAGCCAAGCCUCCCAGCCGCCGGCUGCCUCUGCGGAGUCGGAGCAUGGAGAGGGCCACGAGGAGGCGCCUGUCCCUGCGCCCUGCGCCCCGGCCAGAGGAGAGGACAGCCGCCUCUCCUCGGAAGGCUCGUCCUCCCCCGAACCAACUGAGACAUGCAGUACGGAGUGUCCAGAAAAGCUCGUAAAAGGGGAUGGAAAGAUGGAAAGUACGGCUAAUUGGCUCACAGCUAAGAGUGGUCGAAAGAAGCGUUGCCCCUACACCAAGCACCAGACUCUGGAGCUGGAGAAGGAGUUUCUCUUCAACAUGUACUUGACUAGAGAGCGCCGUCUGGAGAUCAGCCGUAGCGUCCACCUCACUGACAGGCAAGUCAAAAUCUGGUUCCAAAACAGGAGGAUGAAACUGAAAAAAAUGAGCCGGGAAAACAGGAUCCGAGAGCUUUCCAGCAGCUUCAGUUUCUCAUGAGACUGUGCGUCUUUGGCGCCCUCCUUCAUCCAUGCCAAGGACGCCUGUGCAGACCCCACACCCAACUGUGAGAAUGAAAAUAGGAUCCUACUGCUAACUUAUUGAUUGUUGGUCUUUUUUGAAUGAUUUUUGUUUUCAUGUCUGGUUUAUUUUGUCGUGUUUGUAUUUAUAAAUAGUUACAUUUGUAACGCUGAUCAGCUGAAUGCUCUGAAUGUGACCACAAUGUUUCAGAGCUUCAGGCUUGUACAUAUUCUUUAUUCAACCUGAGUGAACCAUUGGAAUUUGCAUGCUGGACUAACCCUUGGGGAAACUUGUGUUCCAGUUACAUGUAGGUCUUUGUGUGAGUGCUAAAGAAGCCCAGAGAUUUGAUUAAUAUUUGCACAUUUUGCUGGUCAAAUGAAUAAAACCCA